AUGACGUACACCAGCCCAGAGGUGCUGCAGCAUGGAGCUGUUCGCUGAGCUGACUGCUCGAGAUGACACCAGGCGCCCAUUCCGGGUUAGCUGUGAGCGAAGCCUGCCCGGGUUAGUGAGGGGCCUGGAGCAGCUGAAGGAGGCCGUGUCUGCCGAGCUGUCAGAGCUGGUCCUGCUGGAGAAGGGAGACAAAACAUCGGCCAACUGCGAGCAGGAGUCUGCAGUAGAUGAUGAUGAUGAUGAUGAUGAUGAUGAUGAUGAUGAUGAAAUAGAGAAUAAAACCUCACCUAAUGGUCCACCAGCAAAACGGACAAAGACUCGGCAACCAUGAAAUUCUGUAUGCUAUUGUGAUAGGAAAAUAAACUAAACAUCCUUUUUAUACAAAUAAAUCUCAGGAUUAGUAAUUGGAUUUUA